CGGAUUAGAGGAAGUUAAGGAAAGGAGGAGCUGAUGAUGUUUAAAUAAAGAGUUGUGACCACAUAAUGUAGAGGAGGACUGACAGAAAGGGAUGAUAAAAUGGCUAAGUGUCAUAUGUGUCUGCUGGGACUGAUAAUUCUCUGUCCAUUUUUCAAAGGUACCAGUGGAGUGGAUGAGACUCAUGUGUUCAGCAGUUCUGGUGAAAAUGUCCGUCUGCCCUGUAAUAAUGCUCUUUCUGACUGCACAUCAACUACAUGGAGCUAUAAUAAAUACAAAGAUUCACAGACCAAUGAACUAGUUGAUGGAGGGAUAAAGAAGAAUGAUAUAGAGAGACGUGAGAGACUGAGUGUGGGGACUGACUGCUCUCUGAACAUCAAGAAAGUCACACAAGAAGAUUAUGGCCUUUACACCUGCCGACAAUAUGUGAAUGGACAACAACAAGGAACUGAUGCACGUGUUUAUCUGCAUGUUCUUUAUGUCUCUUCAUCAUCCUCACAGACUGAGAUCAGACCAGGCAGUUCUGUGACUCUCUCCUGUCAGUUGUAUUCAUAUGAUAGAUACCCUUGUGAUACUUUGGUCCGUACUGAGGGAAUUGAGCUGAUCUGGGUGAAUCAGGCUGGUGUUAGUGUGAUGACAGACUCCAGAUAUCAGAUAUCAUUCUCCUCAACACACUGUAUCAGCACUCUGACUACAACACUCCUGAAUGAAGAUCUCAACAGAGAUUUGAGAUGUCUGAUUAGGGAAAAAAAACUGAAGACCCCAACCACAACAAGUAACAAGUAUUCAGCUCAAGCUGAUACAGUGACACCAGUGAUUCUGGUCCACACCACAAACCAUGAGGAUCCCUCGACUAACAGUCCAAAACUCCCUAAACUCGUGAUGGUUGUUAUCAUUCCUGCAUUAGCCGUUCUCCUUCCUGCUGUUAUGCUUUGGGCGAUUUAUACAAAAAAGGCUGAUAACAAAGAAGAAGUUGUUGAUUCUGAUCUGCUGACACAUGUGACGUAUUCUGGGAUUCCUGCAGAAAACAUGUCAAAGAGAGCAAUAUACUCUUUCUAGAAUUUACCACAUGGAAACAAACUCACUGGCUGGUGGUAAGAAGAGAAUUAAGCAAAGUAAAAAUGUUUGUGAUCAAUGCGUUUGUUUGUGAAUACUGCCUUUAAGAAUGAAUUGCAUAUUAAAGACUUGUCAAUAUCCCAA